AUGAGUGGUGAUUAUACAGCCUUUUUCUACGGCACUUUGAUGGCCCCCGAGGUCUUCUUUACUGUCUGCUACGGCCAGAAAGACCCUCCUCAGGUCAUAAAGGAUAUGCACAAAUUCACUCCUGCGAUUCUCGAGGGUUACUGUCGUCAUCGGGUUCGACAUGCCGACUACCCUGCUGUUGUCCCCGAAAAGGGUCAUACUGUCCGCGGUGUUUAUGUUACUGGACUCACUGAUGCCAAUGUUGGGAAACUCGACAUGUUUGAGGGAUCCGAGUACGACAAGGCAAACGUCAAAGUCAAGUUGCUGAACAAGGACGGUACUGGCAGCGACAAGGGCGAGUACAGAGACACGACCGUCUACGUUUUCAACUCACCUGAGCACCUUGAGAAGCGAGAGUGGGACUUUGAGGAGUUCCGACAGAUGAAGAUGAAGAAUUGGACCCGAACCGGCUUGGUUUUCGAUUAA